AUGGAUUAUAAGAAGAAAACAUCACAUGUUGUAAUACAAUUUGAUGAAAAAACCAUUGAUAGUAAAAAUUGUAUUGAUCUUGUACCUAUAUCAUGGACAUACAUGAAGAAUAGCAAAUUGUAUUGCAAAUAUCCUAGUGAAAAAGAAUAUGCUCUAAUCGAUAAGAUGAGUAAAAGUUUGUCUGAACCCAAAAAAUCUUGGAAAGGCUUUGGUAUCAGUAUUAUGAAAGAAGCUA